GUAAAGACAGAUACUGUCGCUUGCCACAAUGUCGUAAAGCAGUUUUGGGACCUGUCUCACACGUUGUCCUGGUAACAGAUUACGGCAGAUGAAAGAUGGCGGAAGGUGAAGAGACAUUAACAAAACGAGAGCUCAGUAUGAUGUGGAAGGAGCUGCCUGAUUUUGGUCCAGAGCUCCUGCGCUACCUGGCAGAGCAGGUGCCCAGGAUCUACUGCCAGAGCGCCGAGCCGCAGCCCGCGCUGGAGGAGGAGUUGGCCGUCCCUCUGCUGCUGCAGCCCCUGGAGUGGUACCUGUUCGGGGAGGACCCCUGCACUGGACUGGAAAAGCUGCAGCAGACCAGCACCUCUUCCCAGCUCUGUGGCCGAGUCUUCAAGGAAGGGGAGACCACCUACUCCUGCAGGGACUGUGCAAUAGAUCCUACAUGUGUGUUAUGUAUGGACUGCUUCCAAAACAGUGUACACAAGAGUCAUCGUUACAAGAUGCAUUCAUCCUCUGGAGGCGGUUUCUGUGACUGUGGGGAUGUGGAGGCCUGGAAGACUGGUCCUUCGUGUACAAAACAUGAACCAGGAAGUGCAGGGGACAUGGACACAGGUGAGGAGAGUGUUUUGGAGGAAGGCUUGAGGGAGAGAGCUCUAAGACUGUUCCAGAUUCUCUUCCGGUACACUGUCGACAUGCUGGUGUGGGAAGAAGGGGCAGAGCUACCUUCAUCAUUGCAGCCCCGUGUGAAAGAAGAUGUAUAUUACUGUGUACUGUAUAAUGAUGAGCACCAUUCCUAUGACCAUGUCAUCUACACUCUCCGGAGAUCUGUGCAAUGUAACCAGAGUGAGGCACAGACCCACACAGCACUUAUUGACAAAGAGGGACGCAGAGCCGUGAAAAGAGGCACUAAGCAGUCCUGUCAGGAAGCUAAGGAACUCAUUAGGUCAACCUCAGAGCACAUAUCUGUGGAGCCUCUGCGAGUAGAGAUCCUACACUGUAGUGUGAUGGCUCACCAGAGUUUUGCCAUGCGACUGGGAACCUGGUUUCAGAAAAUUAUCAACUGUUCAGUUGGUUUUCGGCAGGUCUUCUGUCAAGUAGCCCUGGAAGCACAUCCUCUUCCAGACAGCCAAAGUCUCAUCAGUAGACUAAUGCUCUAUGAUGCAAACCUUUAUAAAGGAGCCCGGAAGAUUGUACAUGAGCUAAUUGUCUGCAGUUUACUGAUGGAAACUGAAUAUAAAAGGCUUUUUGCUAUUGAAUUUGCAAAGCAUUAUAAGCAGCUCCAGAAGGACUUCAUUAAUGAUGACCAUGAGCGGAGUAUUUCAGUAACAGCUUUAUCUGUGCAGAUUUUCACUGUCCCUACAUUGGCUAGACAGCUGAUUGAAGAAGGGAAUGUCAUAAAAGUGAUCAUUGACACUGUGAUGGAAAUGUUGAGCGAACAUCUCGAUGGAAACAAUAGAUUUCAUUUCCAGGGAUACAACUCAGACAAGUUUUUCAGGAUUCAGGUUGUCUUUCAUGAUCUCAAAUAUAUUUUGAUCAGCAAGCCAUCAGUAUGGACUGAGAAACUACGACAGCAGUUCCUUGAGGGAUUUAGAAGAUUUUUGGCAAUGCUGGCCUGCAUGCAGGGAAUGGAAGAAGUGAAGAGGCAGUUUGGUCAGCAUAUUGAGGUUGAACCUGAAUGGGAAGCAGGAUUUUCUAUUCAGAUACAACUCAGGCACAUUCUCUCCAUGUUCCAGGACUGGUGUGCAUAUGAUGAGAAAGUUCUUCUACAAGCCUUCAAAGAAAGCCACAUUGCUUUGAUGCAGUGUACAAACCAGACCUUCAACAGCGAAGCCACAGAUUUUUAUAUGUGUAAACACAUUUUGCGCACAAGACCUUACAAAGUGUCUCAGGAACCUGUGAGCAUCCACCUUCCUAUCUCCAGAUUGCUGGCUGGUUUAUAUGUCCAUAUCUGCAGAACUGGCACAAUAGCGAGGGUUCACGAGUACAUUGAUGAAGAGAGUUGCAACUUUGCUUUACUCAUGGAGUACCCUCUGCGCUGUGUGGUUUUGGCAGCACAGGUAUCAGCUGAGAUGUGGAGGAGAAAUGGGCUUUCUCUUGUCAGUCAGGUAUACUAUUACCAAGAUGUGAAAUGCAGAGAUGAAAUGUUUGAUAAGGACAUCAUAAUGUUGCAGAUUGCUGCUUCCCAAAUGGAUCCUGAUGAUUUUGUGAUGUUGGUUCUUCAGAGAUUUGAGUUGUUUGAUGUUUUUAAUGGGAACGUGUCUACUAAAGAUAAGGAACUUGUCAAGCAGUGGAACCAUCUGACUGAAGAAAUGCUCCACCUUCUCAUCAUCAUUAUAGGUGAGAGAUUUGUCCCAGGAAUCUCCGGUGUGGUGAAGGAGGAUGUCAUCAUGAGGGAAGUGAUCCACCUGCUUUGUAUUGAGCCCAUGGCACACAGCAGUCUGGUCAAGGCCUUGCCCGAGAAUGAAAACAAUGAAACUGGUCUGGAAAGUGUCAUCCACAAAGUAGCUACUUUUAAGAAACCUGGAGUUUCUGGCCAUGGUCUUUAUGAAGUGAGGAAGGAAUGUCUGAAAGAAUUUAACCCUUUUUUCUACCACUAUUCCAAAUCCCAGCACAGCAAGGCUGAAGAUGCUCAAAAGAAACUAAGGAAUCAGGAGAGCAAUGAUAAAGCUCUCCCACCUCCAGUUCCUCCUGCUUUCUCUCCUGCCUUUGCAAACAUUGUAAAUCUUCUCAAAUGUGAUGUCCUAAUCCACGUACUUCGUACAGUACUGCAAAGAGCGGUGGAAGAUCAGGCAACAUUAUGGACUGAAGCCAUGAUUCAGAGGGCACUCCAUCUAAUUGCGCAAGGAUUACUAGAAGAAAAACAACAGCUUGAGGCUAGCAGUGAAGAAGAAGUAGCUUUUGACUUCUGUCUGAAAGCAAUGAGUACUGGCAGGGAACAUGGCAAAUCUCUGCUGAACUUCCUCGAAAAAAUGAAGUCUCUUCCACCUCUGGAGGCGCAGAAGGACAUGAUCAAAUGGACACUGCAGAUGUUUGAAACAGUGAAAUGUCUUCGAGAGAAAUCGAGCCCUUCUGCAUCAAUGAGUGUUGAUCAUACCAAACCAGAGGAGUGUGUUCAGGACAAGGAGAAGGCUGAGAGGAAGAGGAAGGCAGAAGCAGCCAAGCUGCACCGACAGAAGAUCAUGGCCCAGAUGUCGGCUAUGCAGAAGAACUUCAUUGAGACACACAAGCUGCUCUAUGAAAGCACUCCAGAGAGUGCAGGACAGGGAGAGACCUCUCGGGUCCCAGAGAGAGAAAAAAAUGGAAUAAAAAGGUUCCUCUUCAGCAGCCCUGCGAUGAUCCUGAGAGAGUCGAGGGUGGCUGUGGGCCCAAAGCGUGGCCUUGCAUUGGCUGAGAGGGAAGUCCUCACCUGCAUCCUGUGCCAAGAAGAGCAGGAGGUGCAAGCAACAGCCCCUGCUAUGGUCCUGACGGCCUGUGUCCAGAGAUCUACUGUUUUAACUCAGUGCAGGGGCAAAACGCUGCCCAACACAGAAACCUCCAUUCCUCUGUUCAUGCACCCGGAUCUGGCUGUGGGCACACACACAGGAAGUUGUGGGCACGUUAUGCAUGCCCUCUGCUGGCAGAAGUACUUUGAAGCCGUGCAGAAUACAACUCGAAACCGUCUUCAUGCAGAGUUGAUCUUUGACCUGGAGAAUGCAGAGUACCUGUGUCCACUCUGCAAAUCCCUCUGCAACACUGUCAUCCCUCUCAUUCCUCUAGAGCCUCUCAAACUCGACUAUGAGAAUGCAGAGUUAGUGGGGCAGCUCCUGAUAUUGCCACGAUGGAUACAGAUAAUCCUGGCCAGAUUAAAGGGGUUAAAAUCUACAACUGAAGGAAGUGAAAGCAGCUUUGACUCAGAUUUGCAUCUCUGUGUGGAAAAUCCUGCAGAUUUUAGAUCUAUUCUUAGUUUUGGAGUCCAAGCACCCACCAGAUAUUCAGACAGCAUCAGCGAGAUGCUAGUGGUAUGUGCCACAACUGUGUACAGAGUGGGGUUAAAGGUGGCUCCUAAUGAAAUAGAUCCCAGAGUCCCACUGAUGACUUGGAACACAUGUGCCUUCACCAUACAGGCUAUAGAGAAUGUGCUGGAAGAGGAGGGAAAACCACUUUUUGGCUCUCUACAGAAAAGACAGCAUGCUGGACUGAAAGCACUGGUGCAGUUUGCAGCAGCUCAGAGACAGAAAUCCUCACACGCUGUGAUUCAGAAGCACUUUGUUGGCAUGCUUUCAGCCUUAAUCCCUAACAUUAACUUGGAGGAGACACCUUCUAUUCUAGAUGUUGACCUCUUUCAUCUACUUGUGGGCUUGGUGCUUGCUAUUCCAGCACUCUAUCAGGAGGAGAUGGUAGACCUCCAGCCCUCUUUGAUCAGCUCUGCAUACAACCACCUCUAUAUCUUCCACCUCGUCACUAUGGCACACGUGGUACAAAUCCUGCUCUCCAACAAUGAUCCUCCAGAGAUGAUGGGAGAAAAUGAUGGAGAGGAAUCCAGAUCAGCAGCAGAGCUCUAUCAGACUAUGGUUCAAUGUACAGAAGGGCUCAGGGGAGAUAUGCCAGGCUGGUGUGUAGCGGACAGAGUCAGGAGAGGAAUAGUAUCUUUCCUGCAUUGUGCUGCUCUGUUCUUUAAUUGCCUUACGGGGGUGCCUCCACCAGACGAGCUGUGCAGCACUGAUGUUUCUUUUGAAGGACAAAUGGAUGCACUAUGUAGUUAUCUGGCAUUACCAACAAACCUCUUCCAGCUGUUCCAGGACUACAAAGAGACCAUUUCACCUUUAUUAAGCAGGUGGUGUGGCCAUCCAGCUGUAUCAAGAGCACUUAAAGGAGAAGUCUCAGUUAUUCGAUAUCCCAGGAAACGGAAUAAGUUAAUUGAUCUUCCAGAAGAUUACAGUUGUCUCCUCAACCAGGCAUGCCAUUUUAAAUGUCCCAAGUCAGCGGACGAGGACAAGAAGCAUCCGACGCUGUGUCUGUUCUGUGGGGCCAUGCUGUGCUCCCAGAGCCCCUGCUGUCAGGAGGUGCUGGACCAGGAGGAGGUGGGAGCUUGUACCGCCCAUGCUGCCACAUGUGGAGCAGGAGUGGGCAUGUUCCUAAGAAUCCGGGAGUGUGAGGUUGUCCUAAUGGCUAGCAAGACCAGAGGGAGCACAUACCCAGCGCCAUAUCUUGAUGACUAUGGAGAAACAGACCCACAGCUGGGACGGGGCAAUCCCUUACAUCUUUCACCUGAAAGGUACAAGAAGCUCCACCAGCUCUGGCAGCAGCAUUGCAUUAUGGAAGAAAUUGCUCGUAGCCUGGAGGUAGUCAAUGUCAUGUUUGCAUUUGAAUGGCAGAUGCUGUGAGGGAGGAACAACAUUUAUAGUGAAUAAAAGUUAUUUGACAGCUAAAUGAUGAGGCUCCUUUUAGCACCUCAUUAUAUAAUCUAAAAUUUAACUUCUAGUAACAUCAGUGAUGAAACUGCUAUAUCUUGCUUCCUGGCCAGAUUCCAUGAGGAAUGUGGAGAAAGGGAUCUGUUUGUUAAGGGAUAAUGGAAUGGCAAAACGUUUGAAGGCUUUAUUGAACUGUGGGACACCUACAUAAAGAAGAAUGCUUGCAGCUUCACUUAAGCUUAAAACUCAGUUAUUCAAAUACAAAUAAUGUGUUCCUUGCAUCAGCUCCUAAAGUCAUUACAAGGUUGGUUUAAUCAGUUCCCUCAUCGAAGAGAAGUCUUCUUGAAAGAAAUGGAAGCAGUCUCGCCCAUCUGCAAAUCAUUCAGAUAUAAUUUUUGAAUGAUGGAGAAUGAUCACAGAGAAUUUCCUCCCAAUAAAAAGAUUGUUUGAAACAAAAUUAUUUAUUCUGAUGUUUUUUAACAUUUGGAGAACAAACUCUGCUUAGGGAAUCAUUUUUAUUCUGUAAUAUUAUCAUGUUAUUAUAUUCAUAGGUCAAUAGUUAGCUAGCUGUUUCUGCCAGAAUAUCCUUCCCACUUCAUCUGUGGCUUCCUACACUUACAGACAAGUUUAUUAUAUUUGUAUAUUGUAGAACUGUCAACUUCUGUCCUUCUAUAGUUAGAAUCUCUAUAUAUGGUGAUUUUCUUUACUGCCUGUUAAUCACACAUUACUCUCUCUGUGUAGCUUUAAAUGCAUUUGAGCUCUUAAUAUGAAGC